CUGAGCGUCAACACGCUUCCAGUACGGGAGAGAGAGGUAAGAGCUAUAGCUCUCUCGGCAGCGCAGGGGAGGGGGAAAAAAAACAACAACCCACAGCUCUCGGCAGCGCAACGAACAAAAAAAAAAAACACCAACUUGCGCAAGAAACAAUCUAACAAUUUUUUCACAUCCGGCCGGGCUACGGCGAGGGGCCAAUCUAAAACAGAAGCGAGCGGAGGAAACGGGCAUUGCAACGGCCAGGGGGCGAGAGAGAGAGAGAGAGAGGGAGAGGUGUUCACAACUGCAGGCUGGAAAUCGCCGCUGAAACAAGCAAAGCAGAAGAAGAGAGAGGGAGAGAGACAAAAAAGAAAGAAAGACAGAAGCCUGGGAGGCAGAGACUGACAAUAAGCCACACGCUCCCGACAAGUGGACCUGCUGCCCCGGAGAGGGGAGACGCCGUGUCUCUGCCUCGCACCCUGCUCGCUCGGUGCCACACUUUCUUCAACUUUUCCCCAGCCCGGCGACGAGGAUGGAGACUUAAAAACUCAUUUUUGGAGCCCAGCCGUCCGCGGUUGUUUUGUUUUUGUUUUGGAGGGGGGUGUGUGUGUGUGUGGGGGGGGGAGGUUUGUCGAGCGUGUGCAUUCAGCAGGACUGUGGCGGCGGAGCACCAGCGAGGUGGUGUAGUUCUUCCAAGUUGAAAGUUUUGGAGCUGAGCUUUUUGUUGUUUUUUUUUUUGUUUGUUCAGAGAGCAAGAGAGAGAGACAAAAAACCAAGAGUCCCAAGACAGACUGGGGGGAAGGAUCCCUUUUCCACCCCUUUUAUUCCCCCUCUCCCUCCCUUCCUUCCUUUUUCUCCUCUCUUUUGCAUGCUCAUAUUUUAUAUAUAUAUACACACACAACGAGAAACAACAAACGAAGGACCCGAAGAAAAAAAAAAUCUAUAAGAAAAUCAUGAUGGCGGCGGAGGUCGGAAGCGAGGAGGCAGGUUCGGUUUCGGCCGGGACCGGGGUUUCUGCCGCCGGAGGCCCGGAGGCCCACUUUGCUUUCUUUGCCCAGCCGAGAUUGCGGGUGAGUGAGUCGGCCCCAGGAGCAGCCCCGGCCCUCCUCCACCACCGCCCGCCCGACGGCCCCUCGGAGGUCGUCCUGUGCCCGGUGGCCGGCGCUGGGAGUGGCACCGGUGCCGGGCAGCCCUCGCCGUCUGGGGGCAGCUCGUCCGCGGGGGCCGGGGCGGCGGGUCCCCCCACCCCCGAGGCGCAGGGCAUCCGGAUGUCGCCGACGUCGGGGGGUCCGGACGGGCCCGCCGCCGCCUUCCCCCCUCUGCCGCCCCCUCCUCCGCCGCCCCCCGUCUGCGGGGGUCUGGGGACGGUGGACGAAAACGACAUGCUGGACGGCGCGGAGUACGAGGAAGAGGAGGUCGCCUUCCCGCUGACCGCGCCGCCUACGAACCAAUGGUAUCAUGGAAAGCUUGAUCGGACAAUUGCGGAAGAACGCCUCAGGCAGGCCAGGACGCCAGGCAGUUACCUCAUCAGGGAGAGCGACAGGAGACCUGGGUCCUUCGUGCUGUCCUUCCUGAGCAAAACCAGCGUCGUCAAUCAUUUCAGGAUAAUAGCUAUGUGUGGAGAUUACUACAUUGGUGGACGUCGCUUUUCCUCGCUGUCAGACCUGAUUGGAUAUUACAGCUAUGUAUCCUGUUUACUUAAAGGAGAAAAGUUACAGUCUCCAGUGGCUCCUCCAGAGCCUGUGGAAGACCGAAGGAGAGUGCGAGCCAAACUUCCAUACACCAAAGUGCCAGAUACUGACGAAAUCAGUUUCCUAAAAGGGGACAUGUUUAUUGUUCACAAUGAACUCGAUGACGGGUGGAUGUGGGUUACAAACGUGCGGACUGAUGAGCAGGGCCUGAUCGUUAAUGACCUGGUAGAAGAAGUAGGACGAGAAGAAGAUCCCCACGAAGGCAAAGUCUGGUAUCAUGGAAAGAUCAACAAACAGGAAGCAUACAACCUGCUGAUGACAGUUGGACAAGUAUGCAGUUUUCUGGUCAGACCUUCAGACAACACACCUGGUGACUAUUCACUGUUCUUUCGGACCACUGAGAACAUCCAGCGAUUUAAAAUAUGUCCUACUCCAAACAAUCAAUUUAUGAUGGGAGGGAGGUACUAUAACAGCAUUGAUGACAUCAUUGACCAUUAUAGAAAAGAGCAGAUUGUUGAGGGUUACUACCUAAAGGAUCCGGUUUCUGUGCAGCAUCAGGAACAAGUACUUUCUGACUUGGUGGAUCGUGAAGAGAUAUACAACACUAUUCGACGAAAGACAAAGGACGCAUUUUAUAAAAACAUCGUCAAGAAAGGCUACCUCCUAAUUCAUAAAGGCAAAGGUAAAAGGUGGAAAAAUCUGUACUUCAUUCUGGAGGGGAAUGAUGCACAACUGAUCUACUUUGAAAGUGAAAAACGAGCCACCAAACCUAAAGGUUUGAUUGAUCUGAGUGUGUGCUCUGUGUACGGAGUCCAUGACAGUCUGUUUGGCAGGCCAAACUGUUUUCAGAUUGUAGUUCAGCACUUUAGUGAGGAGCAUUACAUUUUCUACUUUGCGGGAGAGACUCCUGAACAAGCGCAGGACUGGAUGAAAUGUUUGCAGACGUUUUGCAGUAAUCUAAGGAAACCAACACAGCCAUCAUCUCAUAAACGUCUUCGUCAGGUCAGCAGUUUAGUUCUUUAUGUGGAAGAGGCCCACAAACUUCCUGUAAAACACUUCACAAAUCCCUACUGCAAUAUUUAUUUGAACAGCGUGCAGGUGGCAAAAACGCAUCCCAGAGAAGGGCAAAAUCCUGUGUGGACAGAAGAAUUCAUCUUUGAUGACCUGUCCAGUGAAAUCAACAGGUUUGAAAUCAGCCUGAGCAACAAGACAAAAAAGAGCAAAGACCCUGAUAUCUUGUUCAUGCGCUGCCAGCUAAGCAAGUUGCAGAAGGGCCAAAUGAUAGAUGAGUGGUUUCCUCUGAGCUCAAACGUUCCUCUCAAGGGCAUUGAGCCCGGCUCGCUCCGUGUCAGAGCAAGGUAUUCGGUGGAGAAAAUCAUGCCAGAGGAGGAGUAUGAAGAUUUCAAGCAGCUCGUACUGCAGAAGGAGUUCCAUGCGAUCUAUGCUCUGGCUCACGUCUGUGGACAGGACCGGACUUUGCUGGCUAGUAUUUUACUGAGGAUAUUUCGGCACGAGAAGGCCGAAGCACCACUUCUGAGAACACUAAACGACAGGGAAAUAAGCAUGGAGGAUGAAGCCACAACGCUCUUCCGUGCCACCACCCUCGCAAGCACACUUAUGGAGCAGUACAUGAAAGCUACAGCCACGCCUUUUGUCCACCACGCACUCAAGGACACCAUACUGAAAAUAAUGGAGAGCAAGCAGUCAUGUGAGCUGAAUCCUUCCAAACUGGAGAAGAAUGAAGAUGUGAGCAUUAACUUGAUACACCUCUUGAACAUCCUUUCAGAGCUUGUUGAAAAGAUAUUCAUGGCUGCAGAGAUUCUUCCACCGACCUUAAGAUUCAUUUACGGAUGUUUACAAAAAUCUGUGCAACAGAAAUGGCCAAAAAAUACAACAAUGAGGACCAGAGUUGUAAGUGGGUUUGUAUUCCUGCGGCUGAUUUGUCCUGCAAUCCUUAACCCAAGGAUGUUUAAUAUCAUUACAGAUCCUCCUUCCUCCACGGCAGGCAGAACUCUCACUCUCAUCGCCAAGUCUGUGCAGAACCUGGCAAACCUGGUGGAGUUUGGUGCCAAGGAGCCUUACAUGGAAGGAGUGAAUCCAUUCAUUAAGCACAACAAGCAUCGAAUGAUUAUGUUCUUGGAUGAACUUGGGAAUGUUCCUGAUCUUCCAGACACUACAGAGCACUUUAGAACUGACAUGUCUCGGGAUCUGGCUGCCUUGCAUGAGAUCUGCGUGACUCAUUCAGAUGAGCUUCGCACCCUUAGCAAUGAGCGUGGUGCACAACAGCAUGUCCUGAAAAAGCUCUUGGCAAUCGCAGAACUCCUUCUUCAGAAGCAGAAGCAGUAUUCGAUGUCCAAUAGUAACAGGUAGUAGCCUUUCCAGGGAGUUAGACAUGGGACCCAGCAUGCUCCACCUCCACCCAGCUCUUCCUGUAGUGCACCUCUGCCAUACUUCCAGUGCCAUGUGAACUAUGCAACCAACCCAGACGCAACCUGGCUGACUGCACCAGUGACUUUUAAGCUGUAUGCAUGGGAAGUUUUUCCUUGCAAUUUUUUCACUUUUCAUCGAAGUCCCUUGGCGGGUACAUAAUUCUCCCUUGAAAAGGAGGAAAAGAGUUGUUUGAAACUAAGAAGACUUGAGCGUUUCUUAACACAAGUUUGCCAAAGUGUAUCCCUAUGUCUGCUGGACUUGAAGAAUGUCAACUGACAUGAAGAAACAACAGUGACCAUUUUCUUAUAACUGGAUUACAGGCUAAAAUACUUUUUUAUACUGUAAUUUGUGACCGAUUUCUAUCGUUAAUACAUUAUAUACAAAAGCGCUGAAACCAGAUCAUUCCUGUCUAAUUGGAUUGUGUAGUUUGUUUAAACUUUAUGGUUUAGAUAGGAAAGGUUUCUAGCUGUGAUGUUUUUUUUUAUAUCUGAAAAUAAAUUCUCUUGCUGGAAUCAUGAGUAUAAAGAAUUACGUUGAAUAUGCUUCUUUUUUGAAAUUGUACUAAUUUUGUUUUUGAUUGUUUGGUUCAGUCUUCCUUGAAGUUCCUAAAUACCAGACAACACAUAAUCAAAAAACAUAAAAAAAGACUUUGUACGUAAAAUGUUUACAGCAUUAAGAUUUUUGAAUAGUACAGAUUGUAUCAGAAAUGCAUGCACUUAUUAAACUCUUUUGUAAAGUA